GUUUUGGCGAACGCACCUUCUCUCCCCAUCAGGGCCAAGCGUUCGACGCGCAGAUACCAAACACAUCAUCAAGCGCAAGAAGAGUGCAACGGACUGCGUAGUCCACAGUCUGCGUCCUCCGCUUGCGAUGAGUGCUGUCAGAAGCGCCAUAACCCACCACUAGUAUUCCAUGAAAUCGUGGCCGUCUCAACUAUCGACGGCCGUCCCGACAACGAAUCGCACAAUACCCCGAGAAGGCCACGCGCUUCCAGCGGUCACUAUCAGAGAUGGACACCGAUGGUCACUACUUCGUUUUUGAGAACCGUCUCGCCUCAUUCUGCGGUCCCCAGCAAGUAUCGAAGGGCCGGGCUUCAACCGCAGCGUCGCGUGCGCCGAAGGCCCUCCACUGGCCGCACAAGAAAUUGUCUCCGUUCGCCCUUGCGAAAGCCGGAUUUUACUUCGAACCCCAUCCAAAGAGCCCCGACAAUGUGGUUUGCUUUCUGUGCAACAAGUCUCUCGACGGGUGGGAGGAGCACGAUGACGCGGUCGAGGAGCACUUACGACACUCGCCAACGUGCGGUUGGGCGAUCAUGGCGGCAAUCGAAGCUGGCUUCGGUAACUACAGGAAGGUACACCCUCUCGAUCCAGCCAUGAUCGAGGCCCGGAAGGCGACCUUCGCGGGAAGGUGGCCGUACGAGUCGAAGAAGGGCUUCAAAUGCAAAACCAAGAAGCUGGUCGAGGGUGGCUGGAAAUACACUCCCUCGCUCGACGCUGACGACAUGACAACGUGUGCUUACUGCAGCCUUGCUCUUGAGGGUUGGGAAUCCGACGACAGUCCAUUUGACGAGCACUACCGACGUGAACCUGGCUGCGCUUUCUUUGCGCUGAUCAACCAGUACCCGGCGCCGAAGAAGGGGAGAGCCAAGGCGGCUAGAACCUCCAAGGCUUCUCGACUUUCAGUGCAGUCGGUUGCUACUAUCGCCACAGCCGCAUCAGAUCUUGCAUCGGCCGCUGAUAUCACCGCCGACCACGACGACAGUGUUAUGUCCACUGUGUCCGCCAUGGCCCAAGGGGGAAAGAAAUCGACAAGGGGACGGAAAGCAACCACAGGCAAAGAACGGAAGACGAAAGCAAAGAAAGAGGAGGCGAUUGAAAUUCUCGAGGGUGAACCCCAGUUGCAGGAGGCUUCCAAACAAGCCGCUGGGAGAGGACGGAAGCGUCCAAGUGACGCCAUAGGAGAUGCUUUGGCCGCCGAUGCUGAGGCUCCAGCUCCGAAGAAACGCGCCACGCGUGUCAGGCCAAGCACGGCUAUCGACAGCGCGUCGAUACCUGACGCCGACAUGGUUGAUAUUCCCGUAAAACCGUCCGCCGGCAAGAAGGGCCGCGCAUCCACCACAAAAAGAGCCCGAAAGGUCUCCGGGGCCUCCGUCAAAUCUCAGGCUUCCACCGCUUCGUUACGUGCCGCCAUCCCCCACGACGACGAGAUCGACCGGCAACUUGAAGCCGACCUGGAACGAUACCACAGCGAUGCCGAAGAGAUGGCUGUCGAAGAGGCCCAUGCUCCAGCCAGGGGACGCCUAAAGAAGGCAGCCACCGCACGCAAAACGAGCGGCCAAAAGCAAACGACGCAAAGCGAGGUCUACGCCAUGUUCGAUCCAACGCCCAUGGUCCCAGAUGAAGCCGAAAUCGAGGCCGACCUCGAAGCGUUGCGGGCCGAGAUGGACGUGGAGCGGCCUGCGCAUGCAGAAACCCUGGUGGUCCCAAAGAAAGGGCGAAAGGCUGGGACUCGCAAAGCAUCGAAACAAACGAAGAAAGUCAAGGACGCAGCAGCUCCGGCUGGUCUGGUGGAGGAGGAGGCGCCCGUUCUCGAGUCAGCUCAGGAUCCUGUCGAUGAGAUCGGACAGCCACAGAAAGAGGCAGAACCGGAUGCGGAGCCGGAGCAAGCAGAUAAUUCUGACGCGAGCACCGGGAUCGUGGUCACGAAGCCUGUGAAGCGGGGCAGAGGACGGCCGCCGAAAAGGUCAACAGCUUCACAUGCCUCUGUCGAGCAAGAAGAUCGACAGUCCAUUGGCGAGCAUCUCCAGAAGGAGCAGCCGGAGGAGCCUCCCGCUCGUGAAUCCCUCACUAAGAAGAGCGCGACGGAGAAGAUCCCCAGGAAACCAGUCGCCCCAGCUUCUCAGGUCCUCGCACAUACUCAGCUUCCAGUUCCAUGCCCACCGGCAGCAACACCCACCAGGACCGAAAGGGCACUUCCUGUUACGCAUUCCUCAGCGAGCCGCCUCCCCCAACCUCUGUCAACGCCACGGACUCGCCCCACGCCGUUCACGCACCGGGCAAACCAACCCGUCAUCUCCUCGGCCCACUCCCCGCAGUCCUCCGACGCCGAACACCGGCCCCCAUCCCUCCAGCCCGCAGCAAACCUCAUCGCCAAGCGCGUCGUCCUCGGGCACGUCUCGCAGCCGCAGACCCAGACCCAGACCCCACAACGAAACCUCAACUCACCACCCAAACGCAGCAACAACAACAACAACAUCACCGGCCUGCACAGCCACACCCCCUGGCAGCCGGCGGAUCUAGACAUGCUCUUUUCUUCGUCCCCGGCCAAGGGCCACCACGACGACGGUGAUGAUAAUGAUGGUGAGAGAGACAAGGAGAACGCCGUCGCGAGACUGCUGCGCAAGGGCGCCGAGCUGACGAGUCCCGAGCGGCGCAUGACGGUCGAGGAGUGGAUCUAUCAUAACGCAGGUCUGGCGGAGCAGAAGCUCAAGGCCGAGUGUGAGGCGAUGGUGUCGGCUUUUGAGAGGGAGGGGUUGAGGGCCAUUAGGGUUUUGGAGGGGCUUGUUGUGGAUUGAAGAGUUUUUCUGUUUUGUUGGGGGGUGUGUUGCUGUUGUUAUUGUUUAUGACAGAGGUACAUGGCACGCAGGCAGGCAGGCAGGCAUGGGCGGAAAGAACGCGUAUUUGACAGAGGAUUGAACUUAGAGUGUUGGUUUAGGCUUGUCUGGGGCUGGGUAGGUGCUUUAUUCAACGCUUGCAGCCGUAUCCUUUCCUGACUUUUGUUGCCUUGGGAUAGCAUGUCCGGUUGACAAUCGAGCUCCUGUGCCCUGUUGCUAGACGCCGGUUUUGUGGUGUUGCGGUCAUUGGGAGACCGCAAGAGUUGUAUCUUGCUGUGCAGGUUCCAUGCGUUCGUUAUUCUCUAGACAUGCGCAAAACCUGGAGCCUGAUGGACGCAUCAAGUCAACGUCAUCGGAAGAGUAGGCCUACUUCAGACAUUGCAGUGAAUUUAGUUUAGAAAAGACCUUAG